AUGGAAGGCAUGGAUGCAGCAGAACCUAUAGACCAACGCGAUGUGUCCACUGAUAACAUAAUAGAAGAAUUGAAGGCACUCGCGAAGUCAAUGCUAGAGACUACUGAGGCUGUUCGACAAAAGACUCGUAACGGAGACGGUUCAAAAUCAUAUGAGACACUUUUGAGUGCACUCGAAUCCGCAGCACCCGCUGUAAAGCGGCCGAUGCAGUCAACAGGGCUUCAAGUUUAUAAGGAUCCAAUUCAUGGUUUUCCCUUAUCAGGGAAGCCUGAAGAAGAAGAUCCAAUGUGUAGUGGUAUUUCAGCUCAACACGUUUCCAUCGGGAGACAGACAAAGAAAACAGAAACUGAUGAACGCCGUUUAUACGAAGAUGAGUUGGAUAACAUGGAAAACGCCUCUACACAUGAGGUUGACAACGAAGACGAUAACGGUGUUGCUGUUGAAGACCUCCAUCGUCCACAUCGAAGUAAAAGACCGUCAAAUGCACGUGCGACUGCUGUAGACUGUUCCGCAGAUUCUGACGACAAUAUCUACGAUGGCGUUAAGACGCAGGUUGUUUUUAAAGCAGUAGACCCCACGCUCUAUCAAGAGAUAAGCGGAUGCACUUGGCAACCUGAACCAAUGCGUCUUUGUCUUGAUACAGAAGAUGUGGUUGAGGACGGUAGCGAAGACGAUGAUGCAGAGGAUGAUAACAAAGAGAACAAUGGUAAGGCUGGAACGAAGAAGGUCUUCCGUGUUCCUUCAUUUCCAUUCGGAGGUGGCAUUACUGAGGAGCAGGCUUCCUUGUUGAGCAAAAUGUUCAACGACACCAUUCAUCGUAGAGGAUUGCUAUCUUCAAUUAAACCGGUACAUCUUACUAAGGAGGACUUGGUGAACUACAAUUACAAGGAGUGUGCCACAACGGAAGAAGACCGAUGCGCCUUUAAACCAACGUCUCCUUUUGAGUUUGUUGUGGAGUUGGAACGGCAAGCGGUUUUUGAUGCAGUGCAGGCCCGCGAAGAACGUCGCCACGAGUUUCGCCGUCUCGCCAGUGAGGGAAAGGCACCUGUGACAAUGGGUUCAUUCAAUCUUCGAGUGAUUAUGGAUCCGUUUAAAACAGGAUUCGAAGAGGAAAAGGUGUUUCCUAUCGAGCGCGGUGUAAUUGUUGCAGAUCGUUAUCAAAUCAUAGAGUUGCUAGGGAAGGCAACAUUUAGCCGGGCUGUGCGUUGCUACGAUUUGCAUCAGCCUAUUUACGAUGAUGAUGAAGAAGAAGAGGAAGAAGACCUCUCUGGCACCAAACAUAAACAUGACAGCGAUUCCGAAGCCAAUAAAAACGAUUCUGGUGAUAAAAAGAGGAAAAUUAUUGGCUAUGCUGAAGUGUGCCUCAAGAUUAUCAACAAUUCAAAGGAUUUCUUUGAUCAGUCACUUGACGAGAUUCGUUUGCUGACUCUGAUCAAUAAGUACAAAGACCCUGAUAAGGCCCAUGUUGUUCGUCUCAUCGACUGCUUCUACUACAAGGAACACACUAUGCUUGUAACGGAGCUGCUUUCUGACAACCUUUACGAAUAUUCAAAGUACAACCGUGAGGAAGAGGACACUUUUUAUUUUACUAUCCCUCGUCUUCGCCGUAUCGCACGACAAAUUGUUGAGGCUCUUAAGUACGUUCAUAGUCUAAACCUUAUUCAUGCAGAUCUGAAACCGGAGAACAUACUAUUUGUUUCACAUCGCCGUUGUGUAAUAAAAGUCAUUGACUUUGGGAGCAGUUGCUUUUUGAGUGAUCACCUAAGCUCAUAUAUUCAGAGUCGCAGUUACCGUGCUCCUGAAGUUAUUCUAGGAUGCGACUACGAUGGAAGGAUUGAUGUGUGGUCCCUCGGUGCCAUUUUAGUAGAGCUUGUGACUGGAGAAGUUCUUUUUACUUCUGAGACUGUUCCUGAGAUGCUUGCUCGCAUUGUCUACAUCUGUGGACAACCACUUCCCAGGCGAUUAUUGUGGGAAGGUCGACAUACUGCCAAAUUUAUUAAUAAGUUUGGUUGUAUGUAUGAGCAAGGCAACAAAGAUGGUGAUGAUUCCGUAGAGGAUUCAUCCUAUUACUAUUUGUAUACUCCGGUACCCCCAUCAAAGGAGACCAAUAAUGAAAAGCAUAGGAAUGCCGAGAACGAUGAAGGCGUUGGUGGCGAUGCGGAGAAGAAAGAAGAAGUGUCCGUUUAUGAGAGACCUUACACCGCACUGCGACAGAAAUUAGCCGCUCAUAACGUCACCGAUACCGCAUUUUUGUCAUUUGUGGAGGCGUGUUUGACUCUUGAUCACAAAAAGCGUCCUAGAAGCAAGGAUCUUCUCUCUCAUCCUUUUUUGACACAGUCUGACUGA